AUGGCGGACACUGAGAAGCCCGAGGCGGCUCCCUCCCACCGGAAGUCGUCCUCUGUCGCCGGCACUGCUGCGUCGGCCGCGAAGACUGGCGCUUCUGCUCCCCCGCGUCGACCCACCUCGACCAUCUCGUCGUCGACCUCGCGGACGCCUGCGACUUCGCGCACUUCGACUGCCACGAAGCCGACCUCUUCCUCGGCCACGCGCACUUCGACCAGCAGCACCCUCAACAAGCCUCCCACGCGACCCGCUGCCACAUCUACCACGUCGAGCACCAGGCGGUCCACCGCCGAGACCCCUGCGAGCGAUGACAAGAGACCGUCUAGCGUAGCGGCGAAGAGGUUGUCGACGACGGGCACCGCUUCUUCAGCUGCUCGCUCGUCUGCAACCUCAGGCACCGCUGCCUCUUCGCGCCGCACAGGUACUGCUCCUACAUCGAGCACUACCGCGGCACCGGCGAAGCGCCCUCCCGUUCCUUCCAGAACUUCCACCACCUCCAGUACAACCCCGCGUGCGUCAACAACGACCGGCAGACCCCCCACGGCAGCUUCUGGUCGCCCGAGUACGAGAAUGUCAGCCACCAGGGCAUCGAUCGAUACGAAGAAGGCUGCUGCCGCACCCCAGUCCGCAGAAGAUCCCGAGAGCCCAGCUCCCAAGGCCGCCGAGGACGAGGAAGAGUCAGCUCCCUCAGUCGCCGAUGCGGAGCCAGUCAGAGAAGUCGAGACGCCGGCACCAGUGGACGGUCCCGCUGCCGAUGAUCUUGUAAGAUCGCCCCGUGCUUCUCGCGACGCCGGUGAGAUCAUGCAUGAUCUCACCCGGGAGUUUGAGCAACGGAAGGCCCUCGAGUCUAGAAUUCAAGAGCUCGAGGCUAGUAUGGAAGAGCUUCAGGCUGACAAGGAGGCGGCCGAUGUCAAGGCAUCAGAAGCUCUGCAAGAUUUGGAACGCGCGCGAGAAGACCACAGCUCUGCUCUUGAAUCCGCCAACUCCAACUGGGAGACUCAGACAGAAGAUAUCCGCCGCCGGAACGAGGAACUCAAGGUCAAGGCUGUUGAGCUUGAGGACGUCAAGCAGCGUCUCGAGCUCUCCAAGGACGAGACCUCCAAAGUCAACGAGGAGAACGAAGACCUCAGCAACACCCUCGAGGAGCUGCAGAAAGAACUUGAACGCGCCUCCCUCGAGCUUGAAGAGCGCGAGAAAACGGUUGAAGAAGAGAAACGUCUCGCAAUUGAGAAGACCAAGCACCUCGAAGAGGCACUUGAGGCCUUGAGGACUUCUUCCACCGAGCAACUGAAGCAGCUUGAACAGGAGCUCUUCAAUGUCAAGAACCUUCAGGAAGCCCUUGAGUCUCAAAAGAAGCUUGCGGAUGAGCGCGUUGAGCAGCUCGAGCAGGAUCUCAAGGCUGCCAGCGGUAGCUCCGAUGACCAGGUCAACCGCCUCAAGGAGAUUCAGGAAGAGAUGAAGGAAUCGACUGAGAAGAUCUCCCAACUUGAGUCCGAGUUAGCUACCGUAAAGAACAACGCCAACGACGAGGUUGCCCGUCUCACCAGCGAACUGGAGACAGAGAAGAAAACGACUUCUGAGAAGAUCUCUCAACUCGAGUUGGACCUGUCAGCCGCGAAAGAUAACUCUGGCGACGAAGUCAAGUCGCUCAGCGAGCAGCUUGCAGCCGAGAGAAACGCUGCCGCCGACAAAAUCAGCCAACUCGAGUCCGAACUUGCGACCUCCAAGGAGAGCACCAGUGAGGAAGUGAGCCGUGUUAAGACUGAACUCGAGGCAGAGAGGAAAGCGGCUGCGGACAAGAUCGAAGAACUCGAGGCCCAACUCUCGUCCGCUAAGGACGGCUCGGGCGAGGAGGUCUCUCGCCUCAAGCAGGAGCUCGAGAUGGAGAGGCAGGCUGCUGCUGACAAGAUCACUGAGCUUGAGAGUCAGCUUUCUUCGGCCAAGGCCGAAUUCACCGAAGAAGCCAGUCGUCUCAAGGACGAAUUGGGCACUGAGAGGAAGACUGCCGCCGACAAGAUCAUCGAGCUGGAGGCUCUUCUUUCCUCUGCCAAGGAUGGCCCCAACGAAGAGGUCAACAGUCUCAAGGAACUGCUCGAAGCCGAAAGGAAGUCCGCCGCUGAUAAGAUUGUCGAGCUCGAGACCUUGGUAUCAUCUGCUAAGGACGGUUCUGGUGAAGAGGUUUCUGCUCUCAAAUCCGAAAUGGAGAAGUACCAGAAGCAGCUGCACGAUGAACGGGAAGCUCUCACCACUACGAUCGAGUCCUUGGAGAAGCAGAUUUCCGACCUUAAGAUCGAGGCCACUGAGGCGACCGAAAAGCACGCCGCCACACUGAGGGGCGAGCAGGAGACUGCUGCUGCUGCCAUCGUUGCCAUUGAGGAGAAGCUCGUCACCGCUGAGAAGAACCAUUCCGAGAAGCUCAGCAUGCUUGAAGAAAACCUCAAGAAGCACGAGGAAGAGCGUGGUUCCCUCAAGUCUCAAUCUGAACUCGACGAACUCCUCGAGCAGGCCAAGAAGGACGCCGACGAGAAAGUUGCUGCCGUCGAAGCCGAAGCCAAGAGGCUCCAGGAGGAAAUCCAAAAACACCAGGAUGACAUCAAGAAGCACGAGGAGGAGCGCGGGACCCUCAAGUCUCAGGCAGAAAUCGACGAGCUUCUCGAGCAAGUGAAGAAGGAGGCUGCUGAAAGCCUUGCCGCCGCCGAGGCUGAGAAGCUUAAGCUGCACGAGGAUCUCGAGAAGCUUGGUGAGGAGCGUGGCGCUCUCAAGUCUCAGUCUGAACUUGAUGAGAUCAUUGAGCAAGUCAAGAAGGAAGCUGCCGAAAAGGUUGCUGCCGCUGAAGCCGAGGCUAUGAGGCUUUCGGAAGAUCUUGCGAAGGAGAAGACUGAGGUCGCUAGCUACCAAGAGAAGAUCGCCACCAUCGAGCGUGAGGCCGGCGAGCGUGCCCAAAAGCUCCUCGAUGACUACAAUGAGGCUCAGGCGGCUCUUGUCAAGGCCCGGGAGGAUAAUGAGAGCCUCACUACCCAGCUCGAUGCUUUCCAGGAGACCGUCAAGGCUGCCCAGGACAGCAUGGCCGAGAAGGCUCAGCAGUUCGAAGAGCUGCAGAAGGAGUAUGAGCAAUCUAAAAUGCGCACCGUCGAGCUGGACAACACCAUGGACGAGGUUCGCCAGAAGGCCAUCGAGGACUUGGAGCACGCCAAGGCUGAGAGCAAGGCUUUCCACGACAAGCUCCAGGAGCUGGAGGAGGAGACUGCCGAUGCCAACCGCCGAAUGGAGGCCCAGCGCGCCGCUUACGAGGAGCUGAAGAACGAAAACGCCAAUGCCUCCUCUGAGUCCGAGGAGCGCCUCAGAAAGCGCAUCGAGGAGCUUGAGCUUAACGGUCUCAAGGCUGCCGAGGAAGCUGCUGCUCACCAAGCCAAGGUUGCAGAGAUUGAGCAGGAGAUGACGGGCAGACUCGAGCGUGAGCAAGAAACUCUUCAAGCCCAGCUUGUGGAGCUGCAAGAGAAGCGCGGCGCCAUCGAGUCUGAGAAGGAGGCUAUGCAGUCUAUCACUGCUCAACUCCAAGAGAAGAUCGCUGAGCUUGAGAAGGAUGCUGCCGAGAAGGCUCGCCUUGUUGAGGACAGCUCCAACUCUCUCAAGAGGCAGAGCGUCGAGUACGACAGUGGCAAGGCUUCUCUGCAGUCGGCCAUCGAGUCUCUCCAAGACAAGAUCCGUACUCUCGAGUCGGAGCGCACAGAGACCGAGGCUGCUGCCACUGGUGAGACCGAGAGCCUCAAGAAGCAGAUCGCCGACCUUGAGCAGGAGCAGGCUUCCAAGGAUGCCGUCAUCACUGCUUUGCAGGACAAGAUCUCCUCCGUCCAACAGGAGCAGGCUGAUGGCUCUCGCGGUGUCAACGAGGACACUGAAGAUCUCACUCAACGCAUCCAGGAGCUCGAGGAUGACAAAACCUCGAUGCAGUCUACCAUCGCCGCCCUCCAAGAAAAGGUCAUCAGCCUGCAGCAGAACACCUCGGACAAGAGCUCCGAUCUCGUGGCCGAGGUUGAGAGGCUUAGGAUAGAGUGCGCCGAGCUUGAGGAUGAAAAGGCAGAGAUGGUUGCCCGUGCCCAGGAUGCUGCCCAGACUCACGCUAUUGCUAUUGAGAAGAGUCGUGAUGACUACGAAUUCAUCCUCCAGCGUCUCCAGAGGUCUACUCAGGAGCACGCCGAGGUCGUCGAGAAGCUCCAGGACGAGUACGUUGUUGGUCUCCAGAAGAUUGCUUCAUCCGCUCGCAUUAGCACUAGAAAGCAGAGCCUGCACAGCUUGACCGAUGAGAUCGCCGAGCUCAUGGCCGAGAAGGCUCACGUUGAGGAUGAGACCGACGUCAAGGACGAAGCUCUUCAGGACGCCAGGGAGACUGUUAAGGAGCUGCGCGAUCAAAUAAGCAACGAACACCAGGGUGAAAUUGGCCACGACGACAUCAUGGCGAACCUUCAGAACCGGGUCAAGGAGCUUGAGCAGCAGCGUGCCGACGAGGUCGAUGGUCUCACCAGCGAGCUGGAUGCGAAGGCGAACCAGAUCACCGAGCUCUGCAGCAGGAUCGAGUCUGUUGCCCAGGAGCUGGAGGUCAAGAAGGCCGAGACCCAGAACGCUCUUGCUACCAUCGACUUCCACCAGAGCGCCGCCAAGGCCGUCCAGAAGGAGUACGAGGAGCAAGUCCAGGAGCUUGUGCGUGUCUACAACGGCCAGCUUGACGAAGGCGCCCAGACCCUGCAAAACCGUGACCAGGAGAUCGAGACUCUGCGUCAAACCGUCGACAACUUGCACCUUGAGCUUGAAUCUGCUGUCAAGGGUCCCGAUGUCUUCGAGGUCCGCCAGGAGUUCGAGGACCGCACCAAGAAGCUCGAAAGCCGCAUCACCGGCCUUGCCGAGGAGAAGGAGGUCAUUGAGAAGCAGCUCUUCGCCGCCCGCCAAGCCAACGAGGAAGACGGACGCCACAUCCCCGAGCUUCACGAGGAGAUCGACAGGCUCCACGAGGAAGUCGAGGAGCUCCAGGGUGCCCUUGACGAGGCUGAGCGCCAACUCAACGAGUCUCACGACAGGCUCAAGGUCAUUGACAAGGAGCACGCCAAGGUUGUCAAGUCUCUUCAGGACAAGAUUGCUGACGCCGAGUACCGCAUGGCCGACAAGAUUGCAGAGAAGGACGCUGAAAUGUCACGCAUGAACCAAGAGCUUGCCGCUCGUCGCCAGUCCAUUGACGAUGCCAUGCCGAAGGUUGAUGACUACAAGGCAAUGAAGCACGAGCUUGAUGAGAAGACCAUGGAACUUGAAGAGAAGUCUCGCCAGGUCGAUGGCCUCAUGCAAACCUUGAGGGCUCUUGACGAGGCUCACGAAGAGCGCGAUGGCCACCACGCCUCCGGUCUGGAGAAGAUGAAGCGCGAGCUCGAGCAUGAACUUGGUCGUGUCCGUGUCGAGCUGGAGAACGAAAUCGUCAGGCUCAAGACCCUCAACCAGCAGCUGACUGAUGCGAACGAGAGACUCGAGCAUGAUUUGAAUGCGAAGGAGGCGAUGCUCAAGCAGAAGAUGACUGAGCUCGAGCAGCUUAAGACGGAGGUCGAACAGAACCGCGCUGAGCAUGACCAACUGCUUGAAAAGCUCUGGUCGGAACAUGCCAAGGAACGUUCCUCGAUGGAGCAGACGCUUGAGCAGAUUUUCGAACAAGAGAAGGCUGCCAUCGAGCAGAAGCUUCAUGAUGAUUCGGACAACAUGAGGCAGUCGCUCGAGGCAGAAAUUGCUCGCGUCAAGAAGGAGCACAACGAGACUGACAAGCUCUACAAACAAGCGCUCGAGGAUGCUCUUAAGGAGGAGAGGUCCAAGCUUGAAGUGGAAGCCGCCUCUCGCGUAGAGCAGGUCAAGGCUGAGAUGGAGAAGACCAAGGAAACCACGGUCCGCAAGCUCACUGACCUGCUCGAUGUCGCCAAGGCCGAGAUCAACGACCAGUUCUCCGAGAUCAAGCGCGCUGAGACUGAGAUUGAUCGUCUCAACGCCGAGAUCGACAAGCUCCAAGUUGAGGUCGCCGGAACCCGCGAAAGCCCUCGUGUUGCUGAGCUCAUCCGCGAGUGCGAAGCUUACAAGCAGCGCCUGAUUGAGCUUGAGACGGAGAUUUCCACCUACCGCCAGAACGGCGGCGCUCCCCCACAAUACAAGACCUCUGUCGAGGUGGACAGAGAUGAGUCUGGUAACGACAAGUCGACCAGCGGCCAGGUGCGUAAUCAAAAGACCAAGCCUUCGACGGCUUAUUGGUCAGCUUUCACCCUGUGA